GACGUCUCAAUGUUUGAAAGCCACAUUGCUCACUUCUCGAGCCUCUUCUCAGUUUUCGCCCUCUUCCUCCAUUGGACUGUAAGUCUCCCACAGGGAUAAGCAAAAUGGCAGCUGCUGCCUGCUUCAACUGCGCCACGCCGGCUGGCACCGGUCUCCGGCCACGCAAGCAAUGCCUGGACAACCGUGUCGUUUUGGGGACAAUCGUCGAACAGCUGAAUGCGACGAGGGUGAGCAUGGGACAAGGACGGCCUUCGAGAAGGUCCAGGGUCGAACCUGUAAGAUGCAGCGGGAUCGGAAUAGGGGACUUCAUUGGAGGCGAUCUGCUGAAGCCCGACCUCGGCCGCUGGCUCUCGGACGUCGAGGAGCACAAAGCGCUCGCCAUCUACACGCCUCACGAGGGAGGCUAUGAGGGCCGCUACCUCGCUCGCCUCAGGUACCAGGGCUACUACUUCCUCGACCUCACGGCUCGAGGCCUCGGCGACCCCGAGACCACUCUCACCAAGAUUCACCCUGUUUGCCCUGCGCACGUCGGGAAGCAGCCCAUAGCAAGGUGGUAUUUCCCACCGGAAGUGGAUUACAGGCUCGCCGCGCUACCCCCUGAUGCCAAAGGCCUAGUCGUCUGGAUAAUCGAGGCCAAGGUUCUGUCCAAAUCCGAGCUCCAGUUUCUAGCCUUACUUCCCACGCUCCGGCCAAAAGUCAGGGUCAUCGCUGAAUGCGGAAACUGGCGAAAGGUCAUGUGGAAGCCGCUUAAAGAAAUCGCCGGCCUGACUGCAGAUACCGAAUCAUGAUCAACCCCAGCCAGGAGGCACCAGUAAGGAUAUCUGCAGAAUUCGGGAAUGCACUGUAGAUGAUUUACAAUCUUCCAGGCAACGAUUGCUCCGACUUCGCUAUUGUCUGAGGACCUCUUAGUUGGGUCAAGGAGAAGCAUCAGAAAAUCGAUACAGUCCUCGGCAAGCUGUAACCUGUGCAGAAACUACAAAUGUGGACACAACUAUUUUUGCUAUUUAUUGCUCUUAGAUUAUCUACUCAGGGAAUCCAAACGAGCAUAUAUUUUUUUAAAUGUAUCACCACCCGGAAAAAUGCAUAAGCAAGGAAGAUACUGUUUGUUGCAUCCA